AAUCCAAUUGAGUUAUUCCUUGCGUGAGACACCCGCGCCGCGCCCACUACCUCGGACUUUAUACACAAGAUACAUACAUACGUUUGACUCUCGUACACACAGAAGAGGGGUUUUCUCUUUGGUCCGUUUCACAAUGUCUGGAGAACCCGCCUCUGCAAUUCAAAGAAACCAAGUUGAUCUAGUGGACUUCAUAGAUUGGACUGGAGUCGAAUGUCUGAAUCAAACUUCAACCCAGGCUUAUGCCAAUGCUCUCAAAAAGGGUUAUAGAGAAGAUGAUGGGUUGAAUUUAGAGAGUGAUGCAGAUGAACAACUUUUGAUUUAUAUACCUUUCACCCAAGUCAUCAAACUACACUCAAUUGCCAUUCAAGGACUUGACGAGGAAGGUCCAAAAACAGUUAAACUGUAUACAAAUAGGGAGCAUAUGGGAUUCAGUAAUGUUAACGACUAUGCUCCAAAUGACACCAUAGUAUUAUCCUCUGAAGAUAACAAGGGAAAACCAGUUGCUUUAAAGUAUGUCAAGUUUCAGAAUGUUCGCAGCUUGACAAUUUUUAUCGAGGAUAACCAAUCUGAAUGCGAGACAACAAAAGUUCAAAAGAUUGUCUUAUAUGGAACUACGGUGGAGACAACUGAUAUGAAAGGAUUGAAAAAGAUGGAAGACCAUUGAUUAUGACUCGAGGAAACAACGGACAGUACACUGGGAUAGGUUUGGGAAUAUAUUCGUUAUGUCCUGUAAUGUUGUUAAAUAUUUAAUAGAACAUUCAGUUUCCCAUAGAAUAUUUGGGUGACUUUGUACUCUCAAAUUUCAGUGGAGCACCCUUUAUCAUCUGUCAUGUUUUCUUUAUCUUGAAUGAUGACCAUGUAACAAUGUUGAUCUCUUGCAUUUUCUAAUGACAUAGCAAUUUUGUUAUACAAUAAGUUGAUUUGGAUCAA